CGAGUCUAUUAAACCUUUUAGGGCUGUAGACGGACUAGAGACAGAUUAUGUGCACAGGUGUUGCUCGCAGACUGCCAGGCACUAUGUGGGCCAGUUAGAUGAAGUAAUAUAGUCACAAAAUAACCCGGCUGGAUGUGUUCUUUCACCGCUUUUAACUCGCCAGUAAUACUACGCAAGAACCUGCUGGUGAACAUCAUCUGGACCAAGUGUGGGUCAAGAGGAUAUUUUGGCCUAAUGGUGGCCUACAUCAUAAGGAAUCAUCCAUGAACCAUACAUUUCUACAACAAAUGUCUUGGUUAUCUGUGAAGAUUAUGAGUGAGGUGGUUUACAAACAGUCUCAGGAGGAAUAUGAGGACGACUUUGAGAAGGAUCUGGACUGGCUGAUCAGUGAGGAAAGCCGGAGUGAGGACCAGGGUCCUGACUAUGACGACAUAGAAGCAGAAAUUGACAAGGAACUGGAGGAGGAUGAGAAACAGAAAGGAAAGAAAAAGAAGCCGAAAAGCCACAAGGAGGACAAGAGAGGCAAGAAAACAGAGGAGUUGGAAGAAGAUGAAGAGAGGUGGCCCUCACCUAUGGAGCCAUUAGAAUAUGACUCAGACAGAGACAGCCCAAAUAAGUCAUCACCUAUAGUCCCACCUCCUCCAGGGAUGGAUGACCAGACAGAAGAGGAGAAGAAGUACAUUCUGGAGAAGAUCCAGCAGGCUAACCGGGAGCUGCAGGACCAGGAAGCUCCAGAUAUGACAAGGCACAGGAGGCUGCAUUUUAAAGAGAUGCUGGUGGACCUCGUGGUACCUCCACUGCAGUUUGACAAAGAUGGACACAGUAAUGAGGUGGAAGAGGUAAAGGGCAGCAAGGAUUCAGAGGCAGAGAUCGAAGUGUCAGGGAAGCUUUCUGAGCUCAAACUUUCCCCUCGGGAGGAAAGUGUAGGAUCUAGAGGAGCUGGCAGGGCUGGGGAGAGCAGUGAGGGGGGGGUAAAGGAGGGCAGAGUCCUCGUAGAAAAGGAUGGUAAGUUUGACCUGGUCAGCCUGAAAGAGGUGGAGAGUCAAGGACUUCUCCCUCCUAUAGCAAACAACUACAGUGACUACUCCUCCCUACGUCACCAGGAGCAGACUGUGAGCUCCAGUAGGACCCACUGGUCCUCCUCACCGCGUCCUCGUGCUGCUGGCUCUUCUCGCUUCCAGCAGGGCAUCGAUCCCCUCCGUGCCCCCAGACCUCCGGCUCAGCCCAGGAGCAGACCCAGCUCAGCCAGCCACAGCCAGAGAGGCAGCCAGAAGAGAGGCAGCAAGCGGCGGGUGCAGUCAGCUACCGGGACACCCUCCCAGGCCACCUACACCCUCUCCCCCCAGCAGAAAGAGCUGCUGCAGAGGAUCCAGGAGAGGAAGGACAAGCUGGCCAGAGAGGAAGAGCAGAGAAAACUGGAGGAAGAGAAGCAGAAGAGGCAGGAGAACGAGCUGGCGUUUAAAGCCUGGCUGCUGAGGAAGAAAGAGCAGUUUCAGGAGGAGAGAAGGAUCCACCGAGCCCAGGAGAUGGAGAGGAAGAAUUUUAAGAAAGACUCCAGCGACCCGGAGGAGUCCUUCAGGUUGUGGCUUAAGAGGAAGCACGAGCAGCAGCAGAAAGAGAGACAGCUGGUGGAUCUGAAGAGGCUCGAGGAGGACAGUGGUUACUUCCUACGCAGCCGCGAGGAGUGUGAACGUGCCUUCAAACUGUGGCUGAAGCGGAAACAGGCGGAGAAGCGAGCGGAGCAGCAGGCGGCUCGAGAGCGCUCCCGUCGGUUGGUGCUGGAGGAGCGCCGUGCGCGCCGCAUGAGGGACCUGCUGUGUACUGUCAAUGAAACCAAGCCAUUCAGAUUCACCGAACAGCUGGCCUACCGCUUCUGAAGCAAACAAAUCCAACAUGUCCGCUGGAUUCACCUCACAUGGCAUCACCUCACAUGGCAUCAAAAACCACAGGCUGGGCUAUGCAAGACUUGUUCUGAAACAUAAGACCUCGUUUAUUCUGUGUUCAGUUGUUGCUAGGGUUUUGUUUUAUUAUCUUUCUGUGCGGUGUUAAAGCACAUUUCUAAAGAAAAAAAGUUUACCGCAGUGACCUCUACUCAGUGUGAUAAAAUUUAUGUUUUUUUUUUUACUGUAUUUACUUUCUGUAGUGGCAGAUGCACUUUACUUACUUAAACAGAUGAAACUGUAAAGAAGGAAUGAGAUAUAUAUAUGUAUGUAUAUAUAUAUAUAUAUAUGUGUAUAUGUGUGUGUGUGUGUGUGUGUGUGUGUAAGAGGAAAAUAUGCCUGGCUGUUUGAGAGACAUGAAAUGGACAAAACAUAAGCAAUGUAUCAAUU